CAUUCUCUGACGAUUCUAUUCUAGGGUUAUGGUUUUUCGUGGGUGCGAAAAACAUUCGUUUAGAGUAGCAGACGAUACUUUUUUUACUUAGCCGAUAGGUUAAAAUUGACAUUAGCAGCGAUCUAGUUCGUUGCCUUUUCAGGAGGCAGGUUGCGCCAGCUGCCAACUGUUCUGUUUUUACCGUACUAAAACUAGCUAGCAACAUUACUAGCUAACUAGCUAGCUAACUACUUUUUCAUUUUCUGUUAAUGUUAAUCUAGCUAACGUUAUCGUUAAACUUGCUAGCUAUCCAACCACACACAUUAGCUAGCAAAUUGAUCUGACUAGGCUGAAUUCGGACACAGCGCAAUGCCGGUUCACUCCCGUGAAAAGAAAGAAAGUAACCAUGAGGAGAUGGAGGUUGAUUAUCCGGAGCAAGAGGGAAGCAGCUCCGAUGAGGAGGACACUGAAAGCUCGUCCGUUUCUGAAGAUGGAGACAGUUCAGAAAUGGAUGAUGAGGAUUGCGAAAGGAGAAGAAUGGAAUGUUUAGACGAAAUGACCAACCUCGAGAAGCAGUUUACAGAUCUCAAAGACCAGCUCUAUAAGGAAAGGCUAAAUCAGGUGGAUGCAAAGCUGCAGGAGGUGAUAGCAGGGAAGGCCCCGGAGUACCUGGAGCCUUUAGCCAACCUGCAGGAGAACAUGCAGAUCAGAACCAAAGUUGCAGGGAUCUAUCGAGAGCUGUGCUUGGAGUCCGUAAAGAACAAAUAUGACUGUGAGAUCCAGGCUGCAUUCCAACACUGGGAGAGUGAGAAGCUGCUCCUGUUUGACACUGUGCAGAGUGAGCUCGAGGAGAAGAUACGACGCCUGGAGGAAGACCGCCACAGCAUAGACAUCACGUCAGAGUUGUGGAAUGAUGAACUGCAGUCAAGGAAGAAUAAGAAGAAAGAUCCCUUCAGCCCAGACAAAAAGAAGAAGCCAGUUGUCGUAUCAGGGCCAUAUAUUGUGUACAUGUUGCAAGACUUGGACAUACUUGAAGACUGGACAGCAAUUAGAAAGGCGAUGGCAACCUUGGGACAGCACAGAGUAAAGACAGACGCCUCCACCAAGACCGAUAAGCAUCAGCACAGCGCGCGGUCAGAGGAGGGCCGUCUGUUCUACGACGGCGAGUGGUACGGCCGGGGACAGAACAUCUGCAUCGACAGAAAAGACGAAUAUCCAACAAGUGCCAUCAUAACCACCAUCAACCACGAUGAAGUCUGGUUCAAACGCCUCGACGGCAGUAAAUCCAAGCUCUACAUUUCUCAGCUCCAGAAAGCAUCAUUCUCUUCAUAAGAGAUGGAACAUUUCAAACAGCACCACGUGUUCAGAGAGGCUAAGACGGCACAAGGAGGCCUUAUUUACCAUGAGCUGAGGAAGGUCUGGGCCCAAGGCUGCAGGAAAAGAGGGAAGCAGAUCUUCAGAGGUUUGAUUAACCUUCAGCACAAGAACUGCUAGAGCUACAAGGCAAGUCAUCUCGGGUGCCUCUACCAUUGAGAUUUGAAUAUAGGCCUACUGUGAGGUUGUCAUUGACUCAAUAUAUUUUUGUCAUUGACUUGGUUAUACUGAAAUGUGCCCGUGUACAGUUUGUUCAGUUGUAGGUAUAUGGAGAAUAGGUCGUACAGUAUCACCACAUAAGGAUAUGUAUGGUAAGUUCAUGUGGCUAUAUCUUUUAUGUAGUAUUUGUUUGACUGGUUAUUGUGCAAGAUCAUAUUAAACUUGUCAGCUCACAGCUAAGAAUAUGAAUUUAUGUGUGCAGAUCUUAUGCUAGUCCCACUGAUUGAAUCAAGAGAAUUUAUGUAAUGGGAAAUGGGUUGGUUUAUUUGAAGUGGUAACCUUGAUGUUGGUAUUUCUUGAAAAGAAAAAGAAAAUGUUUCUGUUUCUAAAUGUAUGGAUGUGAAAAUGCAGUCUACAGUAAAAUGUAUACAUGUAAGGAUAAAGGGAUUCAUUGGUAAAUAAUGUUCUGUAUUUUAGACUUGAGAAAUGCUUCAAUAUAGUUGAGCCAUGUACAGGAUUUUUAUGUUGCAUAGCCCACAGUAAAUCAGUAUGUAACUGAUAUUUUCUCAAACUUUCCAAAAUUAUUCUGUACAGCAAACUUGGAAUAUAAACUUCUGUGUAAUCUGUAAACCAUGUUACGUUAUAUAUUAAAGCAUUUCUUUUUCUCCAUGUAAACAACAUUAAUAUGAUGCAUGCACAAUAAAAUAAAUGUUUAUGAAUUGAA